AAGCGAUUUAGUAUUAGUAGGUUGAUGGAUGCAUCAAAGGUGUGGAAACCAGUUCUGGACAAUCAUUAUCUAGUUUCAAGAGACCUUGUUCCAAGGGAGGCGUUUCUAGAUAUCUUGUGCAGAAAAGGCGUUCUACAAAAGGAGGAAAAACAAUGGCUGCUGAAGAACUCUCUCGGAGAUGACAAUUGUCGACUGACAAACCUCGUAUUGCUUUACCCUAUAUUACGUCGCCAUCCAGAUGCCAUCUCUACUUAUCAAGUGCUGGGACACGCCCUUCUGUCGACGAAGCAAAUUGACGUUCUAGAAGCGCUAUUGCGCAUUGAACCGUGCAAGGACGACAAGAAUGUUUUGAGACACAUUGUGUGGGAUCCCGUAUCAUUUGCUUCCUUUAGUCGGGCGUCCCCGACCAUCAUAGUUCAUGUGAUUGUGGAUGAAGAACUGUUGGUUAAAGUUCAAAAAUAUGAAACGUCAACCCGUACAUGGCUUUGUCAGCAGCUGUUCACAAGAUCCAACUCUGAUGAGGUCAAGAGUGCAUUUCACCUCCAUGUUGUAGGAGUAUCAGAUGAACAGGAAACAAGAAACUUAACAGUUAUUUAUCCACAUAUGGAGACUCAGCUCAAAGAAGGUAACUGUACACAGGUGACACGUAAACUAGUGCGUCUCCAGGACAUUCUGCCAAGUGAUGAAUCCCAUCAGUGUCAAAAAUGUGAUGUUGAAUUGAUUUCUGUUUGGGGUUUGAGCUAUCUGUUUGAAUCCAUAUCUGAUUUUUCACCCAGAUCUGAGUUUCUGAGCAGCAGCUUUGGCAAACUGUCAGUUUCUAGUACUAGUCAGGCUGUACGUAGUGAAUCAAGAGAUGGUGGAACACAGUAUGUAUAUAAUCCACAAAAUUUGGAAAAGAUGGAGCCUUUAGCAAACGGGACAUUUAGUUCAGUGUUCAAGAUCAGAAUUAUUAAUGAAGAUAUAAUAGCUGUUCUCAAAGUUGUUAACUCCAACCUUGUUUGCCACAAUCCAUUCCACAAUGAGCUUAAGGCAAUUCAGGACACUGGCAGUCAUAUCAACGUUGUCUCACUUCUAGGAAUCUCUAUACUGAAGCCACGUGUUGAGGAAGCUCUUGUGUUUGAAUAUGCUGAAAAUAGAGAUCUGGAUCACUUUCUCACUCAUCACUUAGAGGGUCACCCUGCUGUCCCUGAAUUGGGGAAGCGAUUAUUCAUGGCGCUUGACAUUGCUCAAGGCAUGGAGUAUGUGCACAAAACAGUAUAUCACUUGGAUUUGAAAACAUCUAGUGUACUGGUUGCUAGAGAUUAUCAAUGCAAGAUUUCUGAUUUUGGGUCUUGUGAGUUACCCGGAGAGUUACCCAGAGACUCCAGCAACUCAACAUUUUGGGUGACAAGUUGUGCUAACUUAGAAAGCAAUGCAGCAUUUGUAGCUCCAGAGCGAUAUCAAGAUAACACUCAUUGGACAGAGAAGAAAAGGAAAGCAGAUGUCUUUGCGUAUAGUAUGAUUUUAUGCCACUUGAAAGAUCUGAGGAAACCAUGGAAAGAUGAAUCUGGUGAUGUCAUAAAGAAAAAAGUUGUAGAAAAUGGACGCCCCAUGCUAGAAAACGUUUCUGGCUGUCCUCAGCACAUAACUAAAAUUAUUCAAUCAUGUUGGCGUCAUCGUCCUGAGGAGAGACCAGAUUUUUUUGAAAUCGUGAAACAACUAACAACUUCAGCACAACCAACUGCAAGCGGUAGUGUAGUCAAUCCUCCUGCUAGAACCUCACGUGAGUGGCAUAGCAAAUGUACAGGCUUACCUGAACAUUCAUUUCUCAGUUCAGGGCUUGCUGCAGGUCAGAAGCAUGCAGAGUUGCCGCAACUGAAAAAGCACACUUCAAAAAGAGAAAACCCAGUUAUCCCUGUGGGUACAUCGUCCGAACAGCAGCAGGCAUUUCCAACGUUUGAAAGGUUUGCAGCACCCAGUUCUGAGGUUUACACCAAGACCACAGAUGGAUUAUCACAUCCUAAUCAGCAAACCUCAGAUCCGCUGCCAGCUGUUGGUGUUGUACCCAGUAGGACGUCGACGCAAGCAUCUUCUGCAACUAGGCCUCAAUUUGAGGCACUUAUUGACAAGUACGGUAUAGAGGAAGUCACUAGGGUCAUUAAAAGCAAUGUGUCCGGCUCCAACCUUGAAAUCGGACUCGGUCUUGGCUUAAAAGCGGACCAAAUAAAUCAACUGACCAAUCCUCACGCCAUUGGAAGCGCUAAGCUUCAAGCCAUCAUCUCUGAAGUAGAAAAAUCUGACGGCAAGAGACAGACGCUCAUCAGAGUUCUCUUGGUGUGCGGAGACUUGAAACUCUUGGGUGGUAUUCUGGAUGACUUCCCUGAUAGGCUAGUGAUAUGAUUCACUCGACAUAAUGGUGUAGUUCGAUGGCAAUGUUAUGUGAUUUGUACUGUAGCUUGAUAUUGUGCUGUGUCAGUAACGUUUAGCUAACUUGCUUUUAAAUUUCAAGUUUGUAUUCAUGCAUCUUUUUUGCUAUAGGUGCAAAGAAUUUUGCAAAAUUGAUUUAUAAUUUAAUUAAUUAACCGGUGA